AUGUCGACGAUACAACAGCUUAAGAACUUUAUCCGACACGGCAAGCAAGCCCGAGUCGCGAACAAUGACGAGCCUGUAGCAAAGUCACAAAAUUCACCUCCCCCAAAGGCACGCAUGGGCGUCUCCGAACCCGCGCACGCCGGCGCUCCUCCCGCCCACGCCGUCCCAGACGCAUACUCAGUCGCAGCCGACGGACAGAACCGUGCCGCACAGGCCGGUCAUGCCGCCGCCCACGCCGUCGAACCCGCUCAGAACAAGACUUCAAAGUCGAACAAGAACAUUGACAGCGCGCAUCUUGCCAAGCUCAUUGCCGAAGAGAAUGAGAGCAAGAGCAAAUUCCCGAGAUACCCCGGUUUGGAAAGAUGGGAGUUGGUCGAGAAGAUGGGCGACGGUGCCUUCAGCAACGUUUAUCGUGCGAAGGAUACCCAGGGCGAGCAUGGCGAGUGCGCCAUUAAGGUCGUCCGCAAAUACGAAAUGAACAGCAUGCAGGUGAGUUGA